AUGCAGUAUCAGUCUAUUCGGAUCUCCGCCGUCACUUGUCUUCUGAAACGCCUCAGUGCCCUUCCGUCUAGGAUAAAGGAAUUUACGGGUGUAGAAUGGGAGGUGGAAAUCGGACGUAAGGCGCGGCUGGUUGCUAUGAGGGAGGAGUGGGGUAGGAGGAUGCACCAGGUUGAAGCGGAGGCUGGCCUGCUGCGGGGUCCGCAGGCGAAGGAAGACGAAAAUGUCCAGCAUGAGAUGACCGCAACUGCGGAGGAGGAAGAAGAACAAGUGAAGAAGGACACUGGUCGAGCACCGUAA